AAAAGCCAACGAAAUUGGUAUUUCAUUUUCAAUUUUAGGAUCAACUUAAACCCUCCCUGAAGUUUCGCAGUCUAAUGACAAGGUUAAGACGUCGAUCAAAGAAGCCAACUAUUUUUCUCAAACGAAAAGUGAAAUUUAGGCCAAAAUGUAAGGAAUCACAAUCUGGUACUGGUAGUAAUAGUAGUAUUGUUAUUAGCCCAAGGAUUAAAAAGUACUGGCUACAAAGGUACACUUUAUUUUCUAAAUAUGAUCAAGGUAUCAAAAUGGAUGAAGAAGGUUGGUUUUCGGUCACACCGGAAGAAAUCGCGGUCCGCCACGCGCAGCGGAGUGUUUCCGGUGGCGUUGUGAUUGAUUGCUUUGCGGGUAUGGGUGGCAAUUCCAUUCAGUUUGCUACAUUGGGCUAUCAUGUUGUUGCUAUAGAUAUUGACCCUCGAAAGAUUGAGAUGGCAUUAAACAAUGCAAAAAUCUAUGGUGUGGACAAAUAUAUUGAUUUCAUUGUGGGGGACUUUUUGCAACUGGCACCAUCUCUUAAGGGUAAUGUAGCAUUUCUUUCACCACCAUGGGGAGGUCCAUCGUAUAAGAUGACAGAAAAUUUUACUCUAAACUUACUGAAGCCAGUGGACGGGUACACAUUGUUUCAAGUAGCUCAAACAAUAACCCCCAACAUUAUCAUGUUUUUACCUCGGAAUGUGGAUGUUUGUCAAGUUGAAGAGCUCUCUUGGCUGUCUUCUCCUCCUCUAAAAUUUGAGAUUGAAGAAAAUUAUCUGCGGGGAUUUUUUAAGGGUAUAACUGCUUAUUUUGGUAAAACUGCAUAUUGGGGCGUGAAUCAAGAACAAGUUCACAUCAAAGCCAUGAGGUUUAAGGCUUAAUUAGUCAUCAAGUGUCUGUAGAUAGUCCAUGCAGCGGGCAACAGCCAUAAUACUCGUACCGUGACUCCGUGAGUGUUCUCUUUUUAGAUGAUAACUGUACAUUCUGAUAUUAGGAUCGGGAAUCAUUAUUGUAAUGUACUUAAAUCCUUAACUUGAAAAGGUAGUUUUUGUAAUGAUAACUGUCAUAGAUUUUCUAUUAUUAUAAACUUUUUAGAUGACAA